UUUCUGGAAAAACAACUUUUUUUAGGAAUAUGCCAUUAUUAAAAUGGAAAAUGUGUCAAGAUUAAGAUUCUGCUUUAUUGUUGUAUAUUUUGGAAAAGCUCAUUCGUUUCUGCAGUACAAGCACCUGAACGGCCUAACAAGACGUUUUCUUCCUAAUUUUCACUUUAUUUUUUCAUUGACAAAGCCUUUUUUCCCUCUGCAAAAAAUACAUUUUCUGCAAAAGUAUGACUUCAUUCUUCAUUAUCAAUGUUUUAUUUUCCUGAUGGACCAAAUACUACAGUACUUGUGGUAAAAAGAGCAUUAAAGGCUGAGCAAGGAGUGUUGAGCUCGUGCAGCAUAUAGUGCUUUGUUUACAUGCAGUGCCUCCGUCUCUGCGGAAGGAGGCUUUUGGUAGUGCAGUGUGACUCCGACCAGCUGUUUCCCGCCUUGAAAGCCACCCGAUCAGCUGCACACACACACACACACACACACACACACACAGAGGGCCAUGCAGAGGGAGAAAGCAAAAAGGGGAGGGGCUGGGAAGGAGCGAGGUAGAGCGCCACACACAACGAGGGAACCCCAUCAGCUGGAAGUGGAGUAACAUUACAACUCUAACUACAUUCCUCCUAAGCCAGGGAUUCUUUUCCUUCCAUCACCUUUGGCUGGCAUUUGAACGCACUGCGUUUGUGCUUCUUAUAUUAUCAUCCAUCAACUAUUUCUGAAGAAAGGGGAGGACCGGGAGGAGAGGGGGUACCAAACUGGAGAGUCAGCCGUGAGCAUGGAGUAUUUCAUGGUACCAGCUCAGAAGGUGCCCUCUUUGCAACACUUCAGGAAGACGGAGAAAGAAGUGAUCGGUGGUCUUUGUAGCCUGGCCAACAUUCCUCUGACCCCAGAAACCGCCCGCGACCAAGAGCGGCGGAUUCGUCGGGAGAUCGCCAACAGCAACGAGCGGCGGCGCAUGCAGAGCAUCAAUGCCGGCUUCCAGUCGCUCAAAACGCUCAUCCCGCACAGCGACGGGGAGAAGCUCAGCAAGGCGGCCAUCUUGCAACAAACGUCAGAGUACAUUUUCGCUUUGGAGCAGGAGAAGACGCGGCUGCUGCAGCAAAACAAUCAACUCAAGCGGAUCAUACAAGAGUUGAGCGGCUCCUCCCCAAAGCGGCGGCGCGUGGAGGAGAAGGACGAAGGCAUCGGCUCGCCUGACAUCCUGGAGGAGGAGAAAACAGACGACCUGAAGAGGGAGAUGAUCGAGCUGAGGCAGCAGCUGGAGAAAGAGCGCUCCAUCAGGAUGAUGCUGGAAGAGCAGAUACGCUCCAUGGACGCUCAGUUGUACCCGGAGAAACUGAAGGCUCUGGCCCAGCAGGUCCAGGAGCAGCAGACCCAAACGCAGCAACAUAAGCAGCUGGAAAGGGACCGCACACCUGCUCACAGCCCACAGGUGUUCCCCCCGGCGACCCCUCCCGCCCCCACACACCACACCACCGUCAUCGUCCCCGCGCCCGCCCAACCUCCGCAGCCCCAUCACGUCACCGUGGUCACCAUGGGCCCGGCGUCUGUCAUCAACACCGUCUCCACGUCCCGACAGAACCUGGACACCAUCGUUCAAGCGAUCCAGCACAUCGAGGGCACCCAGGGGAAAGGCUGCGAGGAGGAGCAGCGCCGGGCGGUCAUCGUCUCCUCGGGACGCGUCCUCGCCGACAGCGACGAGCCCGGCGACCGCUCACUGCCAUGAGUCCACGCGCUCGCCCACACCCGC